AUGGCAGAAUACGCCCAUCCCGAGUCUCUGGUAAGCACCGACUGGGUAGCGGAACACGGCAGCGACGCCAACGUGCGCCUCAUUGAGGUCGACGUGGACACCGCCGCCUACGAGCAGGGUCACAUCGCCGGCGCCGUGGGCUGGAACUGGCAGAGUCAGCUUCAGCAGGCCGUCCGCCGCGACGUGGUCAGCAAGGAAGAAAUGGAACAACUCCUGGGCGCCGCCGGCGUCGGCAACGACACCACCGCAGUGGUCUACGGCGACAACAACAACUGGUUCGCCGCCUGGGCCUUCUGGCAGAUUAAGUACUACGGCCACGGCGACGUCAAGCUGAUGAACGGCGGGCGCGCCAAGUGGGAGGCCGAAGGUCGCCCCAUGACCACCGACGCCCCCAGCCAGGCCGCCACAAGCUACACGGCCCAGGCCCCCGACGAGAGCAUCCGCGCCUACCGCGACCAGGUUCUGGCCGGCGUGGGCAGCGGCGGCGUUGCCCUGGUGGACGUCCGGUCCCCAGCAGAGUUCAGCGGUGAGUUGCUGGCGCCCCCCAACUUGCCCCAGGAAGGGUCCCAGCGCGGCGGCCAUAUCCCCGGCGCCGCCAACAUUCCCUGGGGACAGGCGGCCAAUGAGGACGGCACCUUCAAGUCUGCCGACGAACUUGCCGAACUCUAUGGUGGCAAGGGUAUCGACGGCAGCAGGGACACCGUAGCAUAUUGCCGCAUCGGCGAACGCUCUUCCCACACCUGGUUCGUGCUGACGCAGCUGCUGGGCUACGAAAACGUCCGCAACUACGACGGCUCGUGGACCGAGUGGGGCAGCAUAGUAGGGGCGCCGAUAGAGAAGCCGUAG